UUCCGCUCUCUUUGUUUCCAUUUCAGCAUUCUCUUAUGCAUUGCUGUUAUUGUUGGCACUUACGAAGUACGCCAAGCAUCGUCUUCUGAUGCAGCAGCCAAACUGGUUUUGAAGAUACUGAAGAAUAGAGCAAACUGCGAAACACCCCUUAAAACGGCUUUGGCAUGCCUACAACGCAAGUAUCGCACAUUUGACGGCACAUGCAACAAUCUGUGCAACAUAACUCUGGGAUCCGCGGAACAACCUCUUGAGCGUUUACUGCCACCCGACUAUGAAGGACCUGCCGGUAGUCAAGCACCACGAAGUUUGGGAGUUGAUUUUAAGCCACUUACAGAUCCAAGAAAAGUUAGCGUUGAAGCUUUGGAGAACAAUGAUACUGCGAAUAUCAAUGGCACUAUUGUGGAUUUUACCCACCUGACAAUGACCUGGGGACAAUUCCUAGAUCACGACGUCACCUUAACAGAGCUGCCUGAAGGCUUAGAUUGUGGGAUAAACAAUGCACCAUGCAACGUCAUUCCUGGAUGUGUUAACAUAAAAAUCCCGAAUGGUUUAGAACUGUUAUUUAACGAAUCUGUACAAUGCAUUCCUCUUCCCAGGUCUGUGAGAAACCCAGCUGGUGACCAGGUUAGCGGAGUAUUUAACUUUUUCAUAAAUGUCCAGUGAUACACACAGUAGCAUCUAUUUGAUAUGGUUUCCCACAGGCAGCCCAAGCUUAGUAUGAGAGUUAAAUCAUUAAUACGUUUGGUAUCCUAUUGCGUAAUCUUCAAAACGGUCGUGAACUUAAAGUGCUUUAAUGGAAAUUAGGUAAGAGAUUCAAGAAGAUCAAUACUCGCUGGAACUUCCAACAAAAAAUGCCUAACUUUAAUAAGCUAGUUACUGUUUGCUUCCUGUGUGAUUUUUUUUCCCGAUCUGAUGCGAUUUUAGGAGCGAUGGAAGAAAUAAAAAAUUGCUAAAUUCGCAUCAGCACAUGUUAACUCUCAUACUUAGUUUGGGCUGUCUGUGGAUUUCCCAGAGUGGGAAAGUCUUCCAGACGCGAGAACCCUUAAGAAUAGGACACAAACUAGGUUUUGAGUGAGAGUAGGACCAAACGUUUUGAGUAAAAGUUAUGCAUAAGCGAAACAGGCCAGACUAGGCUGCCGUUUCCGGGAACAUCCUCCGAGAUGUUGAAAGAGACGUAUCGAAACCAGUCCCACUUUAAUCUUGCAAAUAAGGCCACGUGGUAAUCAUCUGCACUAUCACAUGGCACUAACAAAAGACUCCAGGGUUUGAAUGACACUCAGAGUCCAUGGAAAAGCAUUAUUUACUCGUUGGCAUACACUAUCAUCAUUCGAUGCAAAUUUUUCUUCCUUUUCAUUGGCCUAGAACCCACCACGUGACCUGCAAAUAACGGCCAACAAAUAAUGGUCUUCUCAUGCGAAAUGUCGUCCAACUGUGUUUGGCUGCAAAAAAUCUUCUGCUUAUGUGUAAAUGAAACCACGCUUUUCUCCUCCUUGCAAUCGCUCUUCCGUUAAAAAGGCAGAUUGCUUACAGUCCAUGAGUUUAUUUAUAUUUAUUAAUAUGUUCAGUAUUCAACCUCGUCUAAUAAUUGUUAAUUUUAUUUUUCAUUUGAAAUAAAUAUUGUCUCUUAUACCAAUAAUGUCUUUAUUAUUUCAGAUAAAUAUUAUUACCGCUUAUGUUGACGGGUCACAAGUGUACGGAUCAAGCGAUGAAUUAGCUAAACAGCUUCGAAGUCCCAAAGGCCAUGGACUUCUAGAUACGGUGCCACUGAGAAACAUUGGAGGCCUACCAAGACUUCCUGAUGCUAGUGAAGAAGCCUUCUGUAGAUCUCCCAAUCCAGAAGAAAAACCUUGCUUUAUUGCUGGCGAUGCUCGAGUCAAUGAAAAUCAAGGUAGAAAAGACGUUAUCUUUUUAAAAAUCUUUCAAAUCACCAAUCAAAAUUCAAGUCAAAAGAAAACAGAUUCAUAUUAUUUAAGAUUGUAUUAUUCAGUGAAAGUGCCGCCCAAGACACAUAAUUCGUUUUGUAUGUUUUGACAUCUUUCUAUUCAUUUGAUUGCAGGAAUGUUAUUAGAGGCGGUACAUUCAAACGUAAAAAAAAAUAAUUUGACAAGUCUAAUUACCUUAUUGACAUAUUUGUUAGAGGAUAAUUGCAAGUGGAUACGCUACGUAAAGAUAGAUGAUAGAUAGAUGCAAACUGGUAAAAAACUGGUAUUAUAGUAAUUAACUAACAAAUUCUAAAUUUUCAUUCAAAACUCGUCUCUUAAUCAGCAUAAAGGAAUAACCGUGGAGCAAUUUUAUUGCAGCUCUUAUGGCGAUGCACACUUUGUGGGUUCGCGAGCACAACCGUAUUGCAACAAACCUUAAAUUGCUCCGUCCCUACGCGGAUGACGAGACACUGUUUCAAGAGGCGCGUAAGAUUGUAAUAGCAGAGCUUCAACAUAUCACCUAUAACGAGUGGCUUCCAGUAUUAUUCCCCAGUAAAGAAUUGGUAAGAACUUUAUCAACGUGUGUUAUAUCCGCACCUAUGAUGAGUCCUCUUACGGCCUCUUGAACUUACUUGUUCCCCUGUUGAUAAUCAUUUCACUAAUAUUCUUAGGCAUUUAAUUAAGUUAACUGAUAGAACGUACGGUGGUAUAAAAUUUGACUUCCCUAAAAGCAUACGUGAUGGAUAAUGCGCAAUUAAUUUCCUGGGAGACCCACAGUUUGAUGAGGCUAAAGAACCGGUAAACAAAUUUCAAAUUUUGAAGUUUUGAAGUUUAAUUUUUUAUUUUCCUUAAUUCAGUCUAUAUGUUGUUUGAAAUAACGUUUUGGCUAUGAAUGUCAGCCUUAGUCAUAUUCUUGAGAUGUUUUUAAGUUUAAUUUUACUGAAAAAGAGUCAUUGUGUGACUGUCAGUUCAAUGCCAAGAAAAAGAAAUGUUGACCAGUGCAGACAAUAAGUUUUUUGUUACAAUAACAAAAACAGUAAAUUUUAAAAUCAUUUUAAAAAAAAUUAAAUAGUUUAACUCUCACGGAGGAAUUCGUUCCUAAAUUUUAACUUCGCUUUAAAAUGAAAUACAUUUGCACUUUGUCUAGCAUUUUACUGAUUCGCUAAAAAUGCUCUAACUUAGGAACUGAUAAAUGCGUCAUGUUGUCAAGGUGACAAUUUUGCAUGAUUCUUACCUUUGCAAUCAUUUAUUCUUUUAUUUCUUUCUUUCUGUUGUAACGCUUGGCCCAGCGUGCACGUAUGUUGAGCUCUAACUCAUUUUAAGCUAAUUCUAAACUAAGGGGGCCUCCAUACUUGGAAAAAAAACCGGCCACUUAACUGAUAACUGAUCGGCGAAAGCACACACAUUAUUUGCGUCAUCCUUGCCCCGGCAUUUAAUACAAGAGAGCGCAUUUUCAAAAUGUUUUUAUAUUUCUUUUUCAGAGAAAACAAUUUGGUGUUCUUUUAAAACCUAAAGGAAAAUUCUUCACUGGAUAUGACCCCGAAGUGAAUGUGCAAUGCACCAACGUUUUCUCUACAUCCGCUCUGAGAAUGGGUCACAGUUUAAUUCGCGCCGUUUUUGAUUUGAGAUCAGCCGACGGCACCUUUAGUCGAUUUAGAGGAUCUGAUCGGUCCCUGCCUAGAGACAUUCGUUUUGCUGAGCCAGUUGACUUCUUCAUCCCAACAAGGUUUUUUAAUAAAAAUGAACAAAGCGUCUUUACAAGAAUUUUGUUCGGGCUGAUAUUUUUCGUGGCUCAGACUCCUGAUCGGUAAGUAUAGCGCUCUUUAACCCUUAAUGAUAUUUAGACUGGGCUUGAUUUAGGUCCCUAACUCCAGCAGUGUAGUAUUCUUACUGAAGCCAACCCUCACGGACAAUUUUUCGGUCCUCAAAAAAUGCAGAAAUGAAUUCAAAAGCCUUGUCUACGAGAUACUAAUUAUACAAAAACUCAAACUAAUACUGAACAUUGAAUCGGAUUCGAUUCGCGCUAAGCUUUUCUAUUAAAUACAUUUACAUAGGGUGGAUUAUUUGCAGCAUACGACGGUAUACCCGUCCCAUUUGUCCACUGGAAUUUUUUUUUUAAGCUCAAAAACAAUAAAAUAUUCAAACGGGCAAAUGCGAUGUAUAUACCCGUAUGCUGCAAAUGAAUCCACUCAUAAUAAUGAAGCACGGGCGAAUGCAAUCUUAUUUAUUCAAACUACACCUCUUUUAACAACUUUGAAACUUUACACUCUUGAUAAUGAUGUUCGAAGCAUCGAAAAUUCGAGUAACGCGUUCUUAAGUUCAAAUUUUCUUGUUAAAUCAGCUGCAACAAGCUCAUAACUGACUAUUGGACUUAAGUACAAGAUUAUUUUUAGUUCCCAGAUGGCCUUGUAACUUUUUUGAUAGAGUCAUUGUUUGUGAACAACUGCUCCUUCCUUAAUGUAGACGCUUAGUAUUAGAAAUAUGAUUUCUCUAAUAGAAUCUCAUUCCUUUUAUAGUAUCUUUGUGAACGCUGUACGCGAGCGACUCGUCAUUGAAGGCAAUAUCUUUGGCGAUCUCAUGGCCAUCAACAUUCAGCGUGCUCGGGACCAUGGCCUACCAGGUUACGCCCAUUAUCGAGAAGUGCUUGGAUUGGGGGCUGUUAAUUCUUUUGAUGACCUUUCGGGCACUUUCUCUUCAGAGCAGAUUGCAAGAUUUAAGGCUGUAUACAAAAAUGUCAAAGAUGUUGAUGUUUUUCCCGGCAGCAUAGCAGAGGGCCCCUUUCCAGGAAGCGUGCUUGGAAGCGUAAAUACCCACAUUAUUCUAAAGCAGAUGGGAAAGUUCCGCUCUGGUGAUCGCUUUUGGUACGAGAGAGAUGACCACUUGACUGCCUUUACGCUCAAACAGCUGGAUGAAAUAAGAAAAGUUACUAUGGCUAGAGUCAUGUGCGACAACCUUGACGGUGCCACCCGCAUUCAGCGUUGGGUAUUCAAAACAAUAAAAUCCCGCCGAAGUGUGGUUGACUGUGCAGACCUAGAUUACGUUGACCUGAAAGAAUUCAGUCAAGGUAACUUUUAUCUAUUUCAAAUAUUUCUAAUAUAUUCUAUUUAUUUUCAUCUUCCAUCUGUUGACUAA